AUGAGCUUCACAACAAACUCGGCUCUGGUCCCGGGUAGGGACAGCCUCCCGCUCAAGAAGAGGGACCAAAGACCAAGCUCGCCACUUCAGCAGCAGCAGCAGCAGCAGCAGCAGCAGUGCGAUGCUGCAAACUUUAAGGCGCCAUACCCUUACAAGAGCCACACCGAACUCACCACAAAGCACACUGGCCCAUUCCAGCCUGUGCCGAGACGGGUUACUGCCCUGUACCAGCCCUGGAUGCAGACACCCACACCUAACAGGUCCAAACCACAGAUUCUUUCUGCAUUCAGGGAGCAUCAUGGUUGGGCAGAGUGGAGAGAGUUCAACCCCUUGCACCCUGGAUGGGACUUUCCUAACCACUAUCAGCACCAAAGCCACAUAUCUGGCACACCUGCACUCCACCCAGGCCAUCCGUACUAUCCUUCCAGAUUCAACGCUGUCUCCCUGGAGGGUUUCCACAGAGCGAGUGGAGCGUACAGCUGGGAGAAGCACAAGACUUCAAGAGAGAAGAGUUUGAACGCAGAGAGGCAGACCUACAGCAGGCAUAAAGGUCCAUACAUGAGAAAAGGAGAGAGAAAAACUGAGUAUUUUCCCAGGGUCGAAAAGGCAAGUACUUCACCUUUGAGCACAAGCCUACCUCACUCUCCCCGUGAGAACCCCAAACUUCAACCUGAUUUGUCGCACAGAUCAACAAAGGCUGCCUCUAUUUCUGGACAUUCCUUCAUACAAGUUUCCCCAAAAAACUCCAAAAGCGCUGGCAGCUUCACGAAGGACGACGCUUCAAGAUCUCCCACGAGGCCCUCCUCUGAGCACGUUUCCUCCUCCACCGCCUCUCCUAACCGUUUCCCCUGGCUCCUCCCUCACUUUGUGGCCGGUUCUCUGAUUGAGCUCAGGGACGGGCGGCUGAGGAGGGUAGAGCACCUGCAAACUGAAGACUUCCUGCUUGGCUCACUGGCCUGUCCAGACCUCCGCCUGAGCUGCUGCACGGUGCAGAGUAUUUCCCCCUCAGCUUCCUCGUCCUCGAUCUCCCGCCUCCUCAUCAUGCUUCACGACCAGCAAAGCCAGGAGCUGGUGGAUGUGUAUGUGGAGUACCCGUUCUUCGUGCGUGGGCGCGGCUGGUCUUCCUGCAGCCCUCAGAGGACUGCUCGCCUCUGCGGCCUGCAGUGCCACCAGCUCAGCGUAGGGGAUGUCUGCCUGGCUCUCACACCUGUAUUAGCUCCCCAGGCUCCACAGCCAGCCACAUCAGAACCAAAAACCUCACCCGGGAAGUUAGAAGAGGAAGGGUGUGAGUCCCUAAAAGCACCACAUCCACAAUCUGGCCCGAGCACACUGCUUCCCACAAGGCCAGGGGAACAAGCACUGGAGCCGAAGAGGGGCGCAGAGGCGGUCCGCAGGAGGCACUUCUCAGCCCCUGAGCUGAGAGGUCCAGGAACUAAUUGCAUGUAG